AUGCCAUCCAAGAAUCCACUACCCCCUAAAGAAAAUGCGUUCUUCAAACGCAUUCUGAAAUGCUAUGAACAGAAACAGUACAAGAAUGGGUUAAAGUUCGCCAAGCAAAUUUUGGCAAACCCAAAAUUUGCAGAACAUGGAGAAACACUGGCAAUGAAAGGCCUGACGUUGAACUGUUUAGGAAGGAAAGAGGAGGCCUAUGAGUUUGUGAAACGUGGCCUGCGUAAUGAUUUGACCAGCCAUGUGUGCUGGCAUGUUUACGGUUUGCUGCAGCGUUCAGAUCGCAAAUAUGAUGAAGCCAUCAAAUGCUACCGCAAUGCACUCAAAUGGGACAAGGACAACAUUCAGAUCUUAAGGGAUUUGUCUCUACUGCAGAUUCAGAUGAGGGACAUCGAAGGUUACAGGGAAACAAGGUAUCAGCUGUUGGCCUUAAGGCCUGGUCAGAGGGUGUCCUGGAUUGGCUAUGCAAUGGCAUACCAUUUACUGAAGGAUUAUGACAUGUGCUUGAAGAUCCUUGAGGAGUUUAGGAAAACCCAAACGCCUAAGGCAGCCUAUGACUAUGAGCACAGCGAGUUGUUGCUCUACCAGAACAUGGUGAUGCAGGAGGCCGGCAUGUAUGAGGAGGCCCUGGAGCAUUUGAGAACAUAUGACAGACAGAUUGUUGACAGACUUUAUGUACAGGAGACCACAGCUAAUUUGCACAUUUUGUUGGGUCAGCCUGAAAAAGCUGGUGAAAUUUACAAAGAUCUUAUCUGUAGAAAUCCAGAAAACUGGGCCUACUACCAAGGUUAUGAAAAAGCUAUGAAGUUGGACACACCGGAAGAUCGCAUGCAGCUGUAUACAGACAUCCUGGAGUUAUUUCCCCGGGCCUCAAUGCCAAAGCGUUUACCUCUCAAUUUUACAAAAGAUGAUGUGUUCAGGGAUUUGAUUGAUGAUUACCUGAAAAAGGCUCUGAGGAAAGGUAUCCCACCAUCCUUUGUGUCGGUGAAGUCCUUGUACACAGACCCUCACAAGGUACAAGUGAUUGAGAAUUUAGUACUGUCAUAUGUGGAAGAACUCAAAUCUACAGGAAAGUUUGAUUCUAAAGGGGAUGUUGAACCAGCAACAGCGUUACUGUGGGCCUAUUACUAUCUUGCUAAUCACUUUGACUUCCUGAAGAACACAGAAAAAGCUUUGACAUAUGUGAAUCUUGGCAUCGAGCAUACGCCACUCCUGAUUGAGCUCUAUGUCCUCAAGGCAAAAAUCUUUAAGCAUGCGGGUGAUAUUGAUGAAGCUGUGCGGCUGAUGGAUGAAGCCCAGUCUUUAGACACAGCUGACCGCUACAUCAACUCUAAGUGUGCCAAAUACAUGCUUCGUGCCAAUCUGAUCCAGGAAGCUGCUGAUAUGUGUUCCAAGUUUACUAGAGAAGGAAUCUCAGCAGUGGACAACUUAAACGAAAUGCAGUGCAUGUGGUUUCAGACAGAAUGUGCAUUUGCCUACAAGAGGUUGGGGAAAUGGGGUGAGGCACUGAAGAAAUGUCACGAAAUAGACAGGCACUUCACGGAGAUUGUGGAGGACCAGUUUGACUUCCACACAUACUGCAUGAGGAAGAUGACGCUGCGGUCUUAUGUAGGAUUAUUAAGACUAGAAGACUCGUUACGUAGCCACCCAUUCUACUCCAGAGUAGCACUGCUGGCUGUGGAGAUAUACUUACACUUGUACGAUCACCCACUGGCAGAUAGUGAUCACGAACAUGAUGCAAAUUCAGAAAACCUUACCCCUAGUGAGUUGAAAAAAAUGAAGAGGAAACAGAGGAAAGCCCAGAAGAAAGCUGAAUUAGAGAGGGAAAAACAAAAGGCAGAACAAGAAAAGCGUGAUCAGAACAAAACCAAAGCUGCAGAUGGGGAAAUGGAUGGUCCGAAAGAGGAAGAAUUGGUUCCUGAUAAAUUGGCUAGGGCUAAUGAUCCUUUAGAUCAUGCAAUCCAUUUCCUGAAGCCACUUCAGAUGCUGACACCAAAGUGCAUCAACACUCAUGUUAAAGCAUACGAAAUAUAUUCUCGUAAAGGGAAGUUGCUCUUGAUGCUUCAGUCCAUAAAAAGGGGUGUCCUAGCCGAUCGUGCCAACCCUCAGUUUCAUAUCUGCCUCAUCCACUUUCUUCAGUAUGUGCAAGAGCAGGGUGAGAUCAAAGGACCAGCUAAAACUGUGAUAACCCAGGAAAUGACAAAUAUCUACCAAGGGAAGACAGCCCUGGAACUCAAUGAGGAAUUCAUUGCUGCCAACAGCGAGUCUGUAGAACAUCGACUGGCAGGUGCACGCAUGAUGUACAAGCUAGAUAAAUCUCGGCAGGAAGAAGCGGCCAUCCUUGCCACCUGUCUAGAUUCUCAUUUACAUGGUAUAACCAUUCAGAACUGCAUACAGGUGCUGGAGUGUUUAUGUCGAGGAGACCUGGGCACAUGUGAGAAAGCGGCCACCGACUAUCAGUCUCAGUGUCACAGGCUUUUUCCCUACGCUGCAGCCUUUGUGACCCCCUCAGCAAACAGUGUUAGCGGCGACAUCCCAGCAGAACAAAUUUUAGUCAAUGGGUCAGUGUUCAGUGAAUCAUGA